AACACACAAUUGCAGUGAAAAAGUAGCAAUCAUUACGUACGUGUAUGUGUGUGUGUGUGUAUUUGGCAAACAGAUUUGCAAAACCCUCUUCUAAUCUGCUUGAGCCUGGUCGACGACGUGUUUUGGCCGAUUUAUUAGCGGCAUGAUAACGAUAAAUCUCCGUACAGUUUCGGUAGCGUGGGAGAGAUUGUGAAGAUUGUGUGUGUGUGCUCUGUGGGGUAUAUGGAAAGCAGUUUGAAGCAUUUUAUGUGUGAGAUUCGAUGAAAACGAAAAGUGUUUCCAGCCUGAAGGUUGAAUGUUGAAUCCGAAACAACAACAAAAAAAGAACCAGCAACGAACCAUCGAGACGUGUGUUGAAGGCGACCAGAAGGUGAAUCGUUCCAUCGUGUGUGGUGGAGUGAAGGCGGAACGAGAAUCUUUAAACGCAAGAUUCAUACACUCCCAAAACCGGAUGUUUAUUCUCUCCGAACGCCAGUUGGUGCGUACUGAAGCUCGCAACCCUCGUAAACAGAGUGAUUAAGUCGCGGUGAAAAGUCGCGGUCCGGAAAUAGGGAACGCGCCCGACCCGCGCGCGCCAUACGCCACAGUGCUGCAGUGCUGAAUUGCAGUUUUGCCGAAAGCAAAAAAGAAUUGAUACGUGCGCGCCACAACGGUCGGUGGAAAGGAAUGUGUUGCGUAUGCAACACAAGUGGAUAGGUGUGCGGACAAAGAAACUUUAGGGGCGGCAAAGAAAGACGCACCGAAACGAAAAACAUUAAAAAAAACACAAACACGCCACUACACUAAUCCACCCUUGGGCGUGUUUGUGUGUGUGUGUGUGGCGACGCGAUUCCCCACAUUCACACCCAUCGCGGUGAGCAGCCGAUUUUGGCGUCGUGUGUGGACAGUCAGUCAGUGCGCCGAAUCGGCCAAGUGCAGCCAUUGAUGCCAGAGUAGCAGCAGCAGCAGCAGCAGCGGUACCGAAAGUUGCGUUCCGUGACAGUCUUCGGUCGCUCAUCAUCGCCGUUGAAUCGAUUUUGGCUUUUGCCCCUACCCGUUCGUAUAAGAGGGUAGCAGCAAGCAAGCCUUUUUCGUGGGGCAAGUUUCGCGAAGCGCGAAAGAGAAGUAAGCGUGCUGUGGUCGUGGGCGCUCUUUAGCGCAACGGCGUUCAGUAAGUUCUGACCAGCGUCAGACAGCGGUAGUGUCGCUGUUGUAGGUUGAAAUCGAACGCCGAAGAGACACAGGAAAAGGAAGGUUUCCGAAACGUUGUAAGCGAACCAUAUCGUCGAAGCAGGCAACUGCGUAGUUGCGUUGCGGCGUCGGCCAAUAAUAAUCAACAACAGCAACUUCGGCACGAGAAAGCGACACCAACAGAGCGCCGCCCAUCGGAACGGUGUGGGGUGUGAAGGCUUUUUUAUUAAAGCCAAUUGUGAGAUCGCGGACGAUACAGUAAAUUGUGAGCAACAAGUAGGCGCAACGCUUCUUCGCGUGAUCUCCGGUCGCCGAUAGAAUCUGCCUCUGUCGGCGGCUAGUGAGCCUAAGUGGGGUGAUCGUGAUAUACUUUCGAGUGUGCUAGGAAGACCGGACGAACUUCUGCGGAUUUUUGCAUUAAACAAAAGAGGUGAAGUGUCCUAAGACGGAGCUGGUUGUUGAAUUAAGCAGAUUGAGAAUCAACUAAAGCGUGAUCGAAUCUCUAGAAGAUCGUCUCUCGCGUACACUAACAAACAGAGGAAGAAGAAUACCCCUGUAAGCUAAAAGCGGUUUAAAACCCAGCAACAACAAAACCCGAACUCUCUCUCAUACGUAAUCGUCGCGAAUUAAGCAGACCUUCCUCCUUCACUCUCCCUACCCCGUCUCGUCCUUCUCCAUCUCGGAGCUAGACGCCUCAACCAACCCCAAGCCAGCGCGAUCGUAACCGGGAGGGUAAGUGCAUUAAAUCUGGGGCAGCGCAGGCGGUUCCCAUGCUGAACUACCGCCUUGUGUCAACGCACUUCCUGAAGCAGCCAUAGAUUUCGCGGCCUACCACCGCACAGCCACACAGAGCGAGUAGUAGAGACACCGGCGCAUUGGCGGGCAGAGGACGUCCCCUUCCGAGGGCAAAGGUCGUAAAAAUGUGCAGAGAUCGGGAUAUGCCACUUCGAUGAACGGAACUCUGUCGCGUUGUUAUAGUGUGUGAGUGCGUGUGUGUGAGUACACUCUAUUGUGUCAUCGUUAGUAGCAUCGUUACCUAGUGGCCGACCACGACCCAACCCACUGCGUGCGUGCGAGUGUGCGUGAUUGGGGGAAAUAUCUAGUUAGUGCAUUAGCCAGGCAGCAAGAGUGCCGGGAGCGCCAACGAGCGAGCGUGUGUGUGUGAGUGCCUGUGAGAGCGAGUGUGAGCGAGAGCGUGUGUGGUGAGAGUAGAGCGCCGCUGCAUUAGUACUACUAAGUUAGCUUCAUACUACUACUUCGGUUACUUACUACACGACUACCACUGAUCACCUUCUACCGCACGACACGCGUCGCGAUACCCUUUGCUGGCUUUGCGCGUGUAUGUGUGCGUGUUGAUCCAAAGCUUGCCGGCCGCCUGCACCAGUGUGUGUGUGUGUGCGCGAAGCACACAGGCGAUCCUUUCGGAAGCGGCUGAAUAGCUCGGUAGUAGCUUGAUGUCAUCCGAGGACUUCACAUCCUUCGCGAGUAUCUCUACAGACGUCCCGGGGACAAUAACAUCGGCGGACCGUGUACGCAUCGUGUGAUCGGCCUGCUUGUUGGGAUAAUAAAAUCCCACUGUUCGCAAACGGAAACGAGAUCAACAACGGGAAGCUAGAUCAAAUUGCUUUCUCUGCUUCUGUUUGUUGUUGGGAAGUGAUACACUGCCAGAACAACUAGUUCGAAACACACACGCGCUAGUUUGUGCCGAAUUCGCAAGUGUGUACCGCCGCGCAUCCGGAAGAACCAUCAUACACAUCCGGAAGCUCGGGCCACCAUCAACAUCAGCAGUGCAACAUCAGCAGCAGCAGCAACAGCGACUCACAACCGCUGUCGCUUUGGUCGUCGUUAAGCCGCGAAGAUUCCACCCAAAAUUGAAGCAUUUGCCAAAAACUGCUGGGAAACUGUAACCGCUUGCGUGUGCGGCAUGCGUCGCCCAUCACUGGGACAGAAUGAAGACGACCUUAGUCGUCUGACAACGAUCAUCUCCCCGACCAGUAUCAGCCUCUCGUCGAACGGUCAGUCCGACCCGGUGGUGGUAGUGGAUCAUCACGAUGUCGUUAGCUGCGGUCGAGCGAAAGCGCACAGCACCAGUAGCAAUAGCAGCAGCAGUAGCAGCAGCAGCAGUAGUAGCAGCGGCAGCAACAGCAGCAGCACCAGCAUCAGCCAUGGCGCAGGCAACACAACUAGCAACAGUAGCAGCAACUGCCCGGCAAGCAACAACAGUGUCAGUGGCCCGGCCGGCCGCGGCAGUGUUGAUGGGGGAAGCAGCACGACAAGCAACAGCAGCAAUGGCAUCAACACCACCAGCACCAGCAGCGAUGGGGUGAAAGUGAUCGCUAUCAGCAAGGGUAAAGACGAUGAUCGCGGUACGGCGGGUGGGCAUGGUGGUGGUCGGGACGAGCUGUCUGAAGCUCUACCACCACCCACGGUGCUCGUGAACCAGUAUCUACCGAAUCUGAUCAAUUCGUCCGAGUGGCAAAACUGCCGCAAGCGCAAGGAGCGCCAGGACAGUACGUCCUCCAUCAGCCAGGACCGGAAGCUGAUCCGCUCGAACAGCGAGGAGCAUCUGCCGAACUGUCAGGAGGUGAUCAGGCGCGUCUCGUCGCACGAGGACUUUAAGAAGCGGUCGGCUGCCGCCGCCGCCGCCGUCGUGUCAGUGGAGAUUUCCAUCGACAAGGAGAACGUCAUCGCGGAAGAACCGCUCGAGGGCGAAGAUGAGCAGCAGCAGCAGGUGUUCGAGAAGAAUCUGAAAAACAGUGCGGAUGAUUUGAAGAAAUUCUUCAUCGGCAGCGUGGAGAGCGUUGGUGGCAAGGAGCAUCAUCUCCACCAUCACCAUUCCGGCCAUCUCGCGCACAACAACCAUCACAACCAUCAUCACGGUAACCAUGUGUACCAUCAUCUCGGUGGCCACCACCACCAUCUGCAUCAUGCCGGCGGGAAGUCACAGCCGUCCCACCAUCGGCUGUCACCGUGCCGGGAUAUACUGAAGUCGCGGCGCGACUCGGACAGCGAGCAGGACGGUGAGCACGAGCGGCGGCGGCACUGUGAGCGGUUCUCGAAGACGCGCCCGCCGCCCGGCAGGAAGUCGGUGUCGCCCCGUGCGCGCAACAGCUCCAAGCACUCGAAGCUCGCCGUGAAGGCGGCAAGCGUGGGCGUGGGAGCCGUUUUGCUCGCCGGAAAUGAGCAUUUCUACUCCAAGCAUGACACGCACCCGAGCGGUGGCGGCAAGUCGGAACGGCGCAUCCGUUCCAGCAGCAAGCAUCGGGAGCAGCAGCAGAAAGUGUUGCAGGACGACACGGUGAUGGAUGACGGUGUAGUGCCGCUGUCCGACUACAACGACAACAACGUGCUGGAAAAGAACCACGCGGUUGAGGAAGCGACAAAACUCAUCGAUGAUGAGGAGGAGGAGGUGGUGCAGGAGGUCCAGCCGGAGGAACCCCUUUCGCCGCGUGAAAAGCUCCCGUGGGGACAGACGUACCCGGACGAUACGCCGGCCCUCGUCUGCCAGCGCUUUGCGGACGAUAACUUUGAGUACGCCAAGCGUAUGGAUUCGGUAUCGCACGCCAAGCUGCGGCCAGUCUCUUCCGGCAACUCGCUCAAGCUGUACGGUGCUCAUCACCGCAGCGCGGAGAAUGCGCCACCCUCGACGAUCCACCACCAUCAUCACCAUCACCAGAAGGCAACGCCGGCCGCGAACAAUAUGUUUGACGAGCGCGUGAAGGCGAUCAACCGGAAGCUCGGCGGGCUGAAGAAGAAGCUGUCGCAGUUCGAGGACCGGUUCGAGCUGGAGCACGGCUACCGGCCGACGCACGGCGACAAGUCGGCGGACGCGCCGACCAAAAGCAUCCUGGUGGAGAUACACAAGCUGCGCAAGGAGAAGAAUCAAAUCAAAGCCGAUCUGGCCGUCUUUUCGGCGAAAGUGGCGGCGGCAGCGGCGACGACGACGGCAGCGACCGGCCAAAAGCAGCAGGCCGCCACCGGUGACGGUGGGCUGAGCGAGGAUGAGACGGCGACGGAGAAGCGGCUGGCCAAGAUGAAGGAUACGAUUGCUGACAUUGAAAAGCGCCUCUCGGAGAAACGCGACACGGAGCAACGGAGCGAAAAUCUGGAGCUGCUGUCGAACGAGCAGCUGACGGAGGAGAAAGCCUCCGUCCAGCGUGCCCUGCUGUACCUCGAGUCGAUGUACGGUCGACCGGCGAGCCGCGAGGAGCGUGACGCGGCCCGACCCCUGUACGACCGCUACCGGCUGAUCAAGCGGCUGGUGAACCGUGCCAACUCGAUCAGCGGCCCGUGCGGUGUGGCCAACUCGCAGAUGCCAACCAUACUCGAGCACGAGGCGCUCGCGAUCGUCGGUACCACGACACCGUCCACCGAUAUCUCGCCGCCGUCGGCCACCUCCAUGCUGCAGUCGCCCACGGACACGAUGACCACGCCGAGCAGCAGCAGCAGCAUCUCCACAUCCAACCAGCUGCCGGCGGGAGACGAUUCCGAAGAAACGACGGCAACGACGAACACAACCACCAGCACCGCCGGCAACACGACCAGCAGUUCCGCGACGGAAAACAUCCACUCGAUGACGGCGGACGAGCUGUGGCAGCAUUACGACGCGACGCGCGAGGAGAAGAAGGAGCUGCGCCGCACGAUCAAAGACUUUGAGCAGCAGUUCGAGGAGACGACCGGCCGCAAGAUGCUGAAAUCGGACCGCAAGUCGAUCGAGGACACGUACGCUCUCUACAAGCAGAAGAAGGCCAAGCUGCGGCUAAUCGAUGCGCUCUUUAAGAAGCAAAUGCAAGCCGUCUAGGAGCCGGGAGCGCCUGGGUGCUGCGGUCGUGCGGGAUUUGAACGAUGCUGGGCCGGUUUUGGUAUUAUUGUUUUGUAGUUUAUGCCGGCAAAAGACCAUGUUGAUGUCGUAUGUUGAUUUUGAUGAUCAUAACACGCUGUUGUCUUGCGCAGCUGCCGAUCCUCGCACGAGAAGACGAACAACCGUCGGCAAACGAGAAAAAUAACGAACCGAACACGUACCCAAAAGUGAAAACUUAAUCAAAAACACGAAUCUUUUCCUGCAAUGCGCCGACGAACGGGCUUUUUAAGGAUAUUACAUGCACGGUGGUGCGCGGUUGUUACAGCUCGUGCUUUUCGUUUUCGUUUUGCGUUCUGCUUCUUCUUCUUUCUGCCUAACUCUAGGGAGCGGUUGCUACACCAGUUGCUGCACUAUUAUCACUGUUCAUUAAUUGUAUCGCAAAGCAGAUGAGAAGCUAGAAUAUCGAAGAAGGCAUUGAAAAUGCGAAAUAGUUGGUAGGAUUACACAAACACAAAAACAAAUACACACACACACUGUUGGCAAGAAAGAAACUUUCUAAGCUCAACACACAAACACACUCACAUAUAUACACAAGCAAACCGAUGGUUGGCAAACAAUUAGACUGCUGCUGUUGUUGGUUUUAAACACAAUAUUAUGUUAUUCUUAUCUUCGUUAGUUUUUCGUAAGUUUGGAAUGAAUGUUUUGUUUGCGAGUUUAUUUUCUUUCUGUUUUCAUUUAUUUCGUUUCACGUGGUGUCUAUUAACUGUUAACUGAACUAUUAGAAAGACUAUUGCAUUGUUUUUAAGUAUUUUUACACAAAGCGCGGCGCCCUCUUCUAUAAUGGGGAGCUAGGCAAGGAAGGUGAGGAACGGGACGAGUGAAUUCGCGCGCGCGCGUGUGUGUAUGUAUAUUUGCGUGUUUGAGUGUAUGUGCAGGAGAGAGAGAGAGAGAGAGAGAGAGAGAGAGAGAGAGAGAGAAAGAGAGAGUGAAUGCAAGAAGGAUGGAGCGAUACAAGCAAACAACGUUAAAAAACAAACUGUGGUACUGGUUUUGAGUGGGCAAAAGUGGCCCAACAGCAGAGAUGGUCGACAGUGCGUGAGGCGAAACAAUACAAAAAAAAACGCUGUUUAGUAAGUAAAGAAAAACCCACACAUCCAUACUGAAGCAGUACAAACACGCGCUGCAAUCUUUCAAUAGCAUGAAUGAGAAGAGCAUAACAAUGUUGAGAAAAAAUAGAUAAAAUAAGAAGAAAAAAAAGGGGAGGAAUAAGGGGACAUUAAACACAAAAGAUAAGAAAACAAAUACAACAAACAUACAAAAAGUAAACAAAACAAAUGCAUACAAAUACAUUUUAUAGCUCAAUAAGAGGAAAAGGAAGAAAACAGUUGAGAUUGGGAGCAACUGAAUGAAAGAAAAGCACACAAACACACACAGCCCCCUCAGACACGAUACAACAAAAUGGAAAAUGAACACGUGAUGCAAAGAAGAAGUAGGAAGAAGAAGAAGAAAACAAUGGAAACAAAGAACAAACAAAAUCUAUAUACACAUAUUUACAAAAUUAAGAAUACGAACGCGUGUGUGCGUGAGAGCGAUCGCGGACAAAAAAGAAGAAGAAGAAGAAGCGGUUCCAAAUGUUCUUUUUUUCUUUGGAAAACCUUUGAUAGUAGAUUAGCAGAAAGAUGGCUAAAAGGAAAGCGGGAGAAACAUUGUUCGAAAUCGUUGUUUAAUUCGCUUUUUUUAUUUCUUACACAAACACAACUGGUUACAUGUUUUUCCGAUCGAUCAUUCUACCGAUCGAGGUAGAAGAGCGGAAUGUUAUAGGAAAAACAAAAAUACCAUCAUCACUUCACAAGUUCACAUAAGGUACGAUUAGUAAGAACAAUAGUUAAAGUACUAACACGUCUAUUAUCCGCUUCACACAUAUACAGGGAGCACACUGCUAAGUGCUCCAGUAAUAGAGAAUCCUUUUUUAACUGGUAGGACAACACAGAAACACACACACACAGAAAUUAGGGCUCCAAAGGGUCUGUAUCUUAUCUUCCGGCAUACGAAACCUAAGUCUACUCCAUACAUCAACCUUAACCGUUAUACAACACUACAUCAACACUUAUCAGCAAACAUAACCAUAGGAAGAGAUGGUCUGAAGAAGUUACACAGAGAGAGAGAAGUAGGGUUAAGUAUAAAAAAAACAUUAAAGUAAAUUACGAAAGGAGGGGGAACGCUUUAAAAGGAUCCACGAUUCACUCAUAUAUUGAAAAUGAUGGUACACAUUGAUGCAAUUAUGGUUUUUGCUGUUUUGUCGCGCUAGGCAUAAAAGAAGAGAAGCGGAGAGAAACAAAACAAACAAACAAACAAGCAUGAAGACGAUUUCGUGGUCUGCAUUGGCAUUGGCGUUUUUUGUAGCUCUUUAAAAAGCAUCCAAGCAGUGUAGUACACACUUAUUAUGAAUUAUUAUUAUGAUUAUUAUAAUUAUAACGAUUACCUUUAAUGUACGAUCACUACCAGAGCUCUAGUGUUCGAUCGCGGUGGAAUGGAAGCAUUACUGCUGUGUGAUUGAUGACGGCCACGCGGUGGCUCCGUAAACCCGCAAGCGGCCAUGUUCGGAUGUUCUCUAAGAACGAUGAUUUAUGAAAUGUGAAUCCCGGGAAGAUGGUGGUGGUGAUGACCGUUGGCUGGCGUUUUGUGGAGCAUGGACGAAUACGGAGGUAGUGUGUGUGUGUGUGUGGCCACUCGAAGAAAGAAGCCAAGUAACAUGAACGAUAAUACAAAUAGUAAGUAAAACAUUAACAUUAUUACGAUGUAAUGGGCAUGUAGUGGAGAGAAACGCGUGCGCGAAGCGAGAAGUAUGGUUCUACAAGAAUAAAACCCGAUGGUGUGACAUAAUA